AUGGGAAGAAGAAGCAGCAGCAGCAGCAGCUUUCGGCGGAGCGGAAUCCUCCUGAUCUGCGCAAUCCUGGCGGCGCACCUCGCCAUAUCCACAUCGAAGGCCAUCGACUUCCUCCCGGCCCUCAACUCCCCCGUCGCCGGAUGCAACGGAUCCAUCGCCGAGUGUAUGGCGGCGGGCAGUGUUGGAGACGACAACGGCGACGGCGAGGAGUUCGCGAUGGAGUCGGAGUCAGCCUACAUAGCCACAACGACGAUUGGCGGCGCUCCGUCAAUCUACAUAGCCACGACGACGAUUGGCGGCGCUCCGUCAAUCUAA